AUGAUAAUUUUGGGAGCUUUAUCGCUAUUUCUUUGCGGGGCAUCGGCGUUCGAGUCUAUUAGGGAUGAUGAUCUGUUUACAUACGUUACACUUCCCAACCACCGAGCAAUAAAAUGGAAUAUCACUUAUCAUGAUCGGUCCUCUGUUGUUCCGGGGUACUGGUUUGUUGCCCCCUACUUUAUCAACGAGGGCGAGCCAGCGACAAAUCGGUGGAUGCCUUAUCAAAUAGGGCCUCAUAUCUUUGACCAGGAUGGAGAACUUGUAUGGACAGGAUGUAGUGAUUUCAACAACCGGAAUAUCUAUGAUUUCCGCAUGGUUGACGCUAUGGGCGAUGAUCCACAUCUAGCUAUGCUUCUUCCCCGCGCAGUCGGCAAGCAAGACGACAGGGGAACGGUCAUCAUCUACGACAACCAAUACAAUUCGUCUCAGGUCAUUCUCGACCCAGUCGUGGACCUUGAUAUGCAUGAAAUCAACAUCAAAGAUUCACAUACAGCCCUUGCGCUGGCCUUUCGACCAGAAAUGAUGAACAUGGCUUCAUUUGGAUUACCAGAUCUAAAUAUGCAGAUAUGGACCGGCGGGUUUAUUGAAUUCGACAUGACCACUGGAAAAGUUGCUGUUCAAUGGACGUCCGGAGAUGCGAUCUCUCCGGACGAAUCUUUUAUUUUCGACGCGCAUCAAGAGUAUCCGAACACUGACUUCAUGCACGUCAACUCAAUCGACAGGAAUACGAAUGGGGACUAUUUGCUUUCUGCAAGGCAUACAAGCACCGUCUAUCUCAUCUCUGGAGAAGACGGUCGCAUCAUAUGGAGACUUGGAGGCAAAAGGAGCGAUUUUGUGAAGGAUUUUGACUUUUCCUGGCAGCAUGAUGCGAAAUUUAUGUCGGUCAAUGAUACACACAUCACCCUAUCGCUUUUGGAUAAUGGCGCCGAGGACGUCAUUACAAAUGAGCCGACCUCGUCUGCCAUGUACAUUGAGCUUGACCUGACGGCGAUGAAAGCCACGCUCCUGACUCGAUACACUCGACCCGACAACGAAAGCACCAGAAAAAGAGGGAACAUGCAAACUCUACCAAACGGCAACGUUCUGGCCUCCUGGAGUGAGUUUGGGUAUAUGAGCGAGUUCACGCACGAUGGAAGGCUCCUUAUGGAUGCCAAGUUUGCCUCUGAAAGGUUCAGUACCUACCGCGCGUACAAGUUCCCCUGGCGAAGUAAUCCAUCAUACCCUCCCGCUCUUGCAGCAUCAUGUCAUGGUGUAAACGGGACAGACCUAUCGACAACCUUCCACGUCAGUUGGAACGGUGCCACAGAGGUAAAAUACUGGCGUUUCUUCGCUCGUGCAAACCAGACCAGUUCGAGCCAGCAAAUCGGAACGAUCCCCAAAAAAGGCUUUGAGACCUCGUUCAUUGCGCCGGGAUACAUGGACUUAGUCUCAGUUGAAGCACUGGAUUUGAACUAUCAAGUUCUGGGACAAUCGGUGAUUGUUCGGACGGAGCCUCCGGUCUACUGGCCCGAGGGCUUGGAAUUGCCAACACCAGAUGAUCCUGCAGCUCCUGUCGUUGAUUAUUCGGUGUCAAUGAGGAAGGCGAUGACUUUUAUCGGGCUUUUCGUUGCUGGGUUUCUCACUAGUAUAACUGGAUACUUUGUGCUUAGUUUGUAUCAUCCUGCAUUCCGACGUUAUAUCCGGCGUACAUAUUCGAGGGUACGGUCAGAAGAUCCAGACGAGGGGUUUGGCCUGCUCAAAGUGAAGGAUUAA